GAGCUGUUGCAGCGCGACCAGUCGUAAAUUGUCUGUCUUCAGUGAGGGGGUCGCAGAGUAUUUGUUCAUUACAUCAGUAAUAACUCACAUGCGUUUCUGUUACUAAUUCGUGGUAUUAACAACUCGGUAUUCAAAUUCUUCGAAUACAGUGAUUUCAGCAAGCCGACGAAUCCUCGUUAAAGAGAACAAAGGCUGUAUACGAAGAUGUGUGGUGGUUUUACGUGCUCUAAAAAUGCAUUGACGGCAUUAAACAUCCUUUAUAUUGUUGUUGCAUUUAUUCUAAUCGGCGUAGCUGUUUAUGGAAGAGCUUCUGCAUUAGUUACAAAUCUUCCUAUAAUUGGAGGUAUAUUAGCAUGUGGUGUUAUUUUGAUUUUAAUUUCUAUACUUGGUCUGAUUGGUGCUGUUAAACAUCAUCAAGUUCUAUUAUUCUUCUACAUGCUUAUCUUAUUUUUACUGUUCCUGAUCCAAUUCAGUAUUGCCUGUGCUUGUCUUGCUGUCAAUACCAAACAGCAAGAACAAUUAGCAGAACAGGGCUGGAAACAUGCAAAUGAAUUAAUUGAUAAGGUUCAAGAAACUUUCAAUUGCUGUGGCUUUAAUGGCACUGAAAGCACAUAUACAAAUAAUUCAGAUCCAUUAAUUGACUCUUGCAAAACUAAAAUUUGUUGCCCAUUUAGUUUUACAGAAACUGAUUGCGAAUGUCCAUCUUGCAUGCAAAAAUUACAAUCUACAAUUGAUUAUGCCUUUAAAUUAUGUGGCAGCAUAGGAUUAUUCUUCAGUUUUACCGAGUUUGUUGGUGUUUGGUUGACCGUGCGGUACAGGAAUCAGAAAGAUCCACGAGCUAAUCCUAGUGCUUUCCUCUAGUCUAACACCAUCGCUAUGUCCUCUGUCACCUCAUAUGAUCCUCCUAAUAGAUGGUGAUUGCAGCUUUCUUGGCUAAACGUUUCAGAAAUCAACUGAAUUCAAAAGCUGUUUUCCCUUAGUAUACUUUUAUUAACAUAUUUCAUAUAUUUUAAAACAAACGUUUUUAGUUGAAACUGAAUUCUAAUAAGUAAUAAGGUGGCUGAAUUGUCAGGAUCAGAACCUUGGUUACAUUUAGAACUUUGAUUUACAUUUAGAAAUAUUCAAUUGUUUAAUAGUUUAGACUUAAUUUUUACUUCAUAGUACAAAUAUCAUUUUGCAUGCAACAUCUGGAUAUAAUUGUUGUGGAACUGUUGGUCUUUCACUGGAGUUUGUAAUGCUCAACAGAAAAAAAACCAGCACAUUUGGAACAGUCAUA